GGAGAUUUAGAAAGUCAAAUUGUUGAUUGUUAGCAGUGUUACUUAAUACUUAGUGCGUGUAGAGAGAGAGACCACCGUAUAGUUCCCAUCUUAGCUUCUUCCUUACCCUUUCUUUCUUUCUUCAUAUCUUGGUUCCUUCUUUCUCCUCCCACCUUAUAUAUAUAUCCCUUCUCUCCCAACCACAAAGAAACCACCAACCCUCCAAACUUAACUUCUCCCGAGAUCCCAACCAUAUUCUCUUCCUCUCUAUCUCUUUCUAGCCACCCAUGGAAAUAGAAGCACAGCAAUCCAAUACAUGGGAAGGCUAUGUUGAUUGGAGAAACCGUCCCGCUCUCAGAACCCGCCACGGUGGCAUGCUUGCUGCUUCCUUCGUUCUCGUGGUGGAGAUAUUGGAGAACCUAGCGUAUUUGGCGAAUGCAAGCAACCUGGUGUUGUACCUGAGAGAGUACAUGCAUAUGUCUCCAUCUAGAUCCGCUAACAAUGUAACUAAUUUCAUGGGAACUGCCUUCCUCCUCGCACUUCUCGGCGGUUUCUUAAGCGACGCUUUCUUCACAACUUAUCAUAUCUACAUCAUAAGCGCACUUAUUGAGUUCCUGGGUCUAAUAGUACUAACAAUACAAGCAAAGGUACCUUCGCUAAAGCCCCCACACGAAUGUGAUUCAACGGCAGCGUGCGUAGAAGUCAACGGUGGAAAAGCAGCAAUGCUAUUUGGUGGACUGUAUUUGGUUGCUCUUGGAGUUGGAGGGAUAAAAGGGUCAUUGCCAUCGCAUGGUGGUGAGCAAUUUGAUGAGGCCACACCAUCCGGGAGGAAGCAGAGAUCAACAUUCUUCAACUACUUUGUGUUUUGCCUCUCAUGUGGUGCACUAAUAGCAGUUACAUUUGUGGUGUGGGUUGAGGAUAAUAAAGGCUGGGAGUGGGGUUUUGCAAUAUCUACUAUCUCCAUAUUUGUGUCUAUUCCUCUCUUCUUCGCUGGAUCUUCUACUUAUAGGAACAAGAUCCCUACUGGAAGUCCACUCACAACUAUUUUAAAGGUUCUUGUUUCUGCAACACUUAACAACUGCAUCUACAAGAACUCAAGUAGUGCUGUUGUGAACAUGGCUCCAAGCCCUUCAAAUCCACACUUAUCAAGUAACAGAAAAGAAUCAGAGGAACCAGAAACAUCAAAAUCAGUAACUCAACAUGAUAAUGAGACUCUGACAGCUUCCGUAAGAUUCCUCAACAAAGCAGUUUCAAACUCAUCAUCAUCACUACAAUGCACAGUGCAACAAGUUGAAGAUGUCAAAAUAGUACUAAAAGUGCUUCCAAUAUUUGCAUGCACAAUAAUGCUAAACUGUUGCUUAGCUCAAUUAUCAACAUUCUCAGUAGAACAAGCUGCAACAAUGAACACAAAGCUUGGUUCCUUAAAGGUUCCACCAGCAUCACUACCAGUUUUCCCCGUUCUCUUCAUAAUGUUCAUAGCACCAAUCUAUGACCACAUUAUAAUCCCAUAUGCAAGAAAAGCCACAAAAUCUGAAAUGGGUAUCACUCAUCUCCAGAGAAUAGGAAUUGGGUUGUUUCUAUCAAUUGUUGCAAUGGCUGUGGCUGCAGUUGUUGAAGUAAAGAGAAAAAGGGUAGCCACUAAUUCAGGCCUAAUUGAUGAAAACAAUGGAGCAACAACAAAGCCAUUACCUAUAACAUUCCUUUGGAUUGCAUUUCAGUACUUGUUUCUUGGUUCUGCUGAUCUUUUCACACUGGCUGGGUUGUUGGAAUUCUUCUUCUCUGAGGCACCAAUUAGGAUGAGAUCAUUGGCUACUUCACUUUCUUGGGCUUCUUUGGCAAUGGGGUAUUAUCUGAGUUCAGUGAUUGUGUCAAUAGUGAAUAGUGCAACGGGUAGCUCUAACCAUAAGCCAUGGUUAUCUGGUGCUAAUCUUAAUCACUAUCAUCUUGAGAGGUUCUAUUGGCUAAUGUGUGUGCUUAGUGGGUUGAACUUCCUUCAUUACCUGUUUUGGGCUACGAGGUAUAAGUAUAGAGGGACAUGUGCCAAUUAAUGCAUCACCUUUAAUUUUUCAAAUGUCGCUUGUUUCAAAGAUAAAUGUCAUUUUGACCAAGUGAAUAUAUUAAUAUACUAGAUCUUCUAUUCUUUUUGAAGAUAUAUCAAAUCAGUCAAAAUGACAUUUAUUUUGAAACAUAAAGAUAAUAUUUCGUUUGAAAAAAAAAAUGCUGAAAUUGAGUUAAAGUUCGUGAUAUGUCAAAAUAAGAAAUCAUGUGAAGGUAUUAAUUUUUUGGCUGCAAAUUGUGCAUGUUUGCAUCCAAGGACCCAACAUGCUGCGGAUCAGCAUCACACUCGCUUCUUUUUCCCUCUCUGCAGGGAAAAAAAAAUACAAAUACAUAUGUUAUGUAUAUAAGAAAUUCAUGUUGGAAAUAAUAACAUAAGAAAAAGGAAA